GAAAGCUGCAAAAGUUGCAGCAAAAACUUUGCGAGGUCUGGUGGGUGCUCUCUCUUCCAGAGAGAAGAAUCAAGUGCCACGGCGGCAGGGUUUUUCUUUCCCUGAUUCUGGAAGGUGCUAGACAAAAAUAUGGAACUAAUUUUCCCAUCAGUGAUUAUAAUCCUAGGUUGUAUUGCUCUUUCGUUACUCCUUCAGUGGAAGAACUUGCGUGGACCCCCGUGCAUAAGGGGCUGGAUUCCUUGGAUUGGAGCUGCAUUUGACUUUGGAAAAGCCCCUCUAGAAUUUAUAGAGAAAGCAAGAUUCAAGUAUGGACCAAUAUUUACAGUUUUUGCUAUGGGAACUCGAAUGACCUUUGUGACUGAAGAAGAGGGCAUGAAUGUGUUUCUAAAAUCCAAAGAAGUAGAUUUUGAACUCGCCGUGCAAACUCCGGUCUAUCGCACAGCAUCAAUUCCAAAGAAUAUCUUUUUAGCACUGCAUGAAAAACUUUAUGUGCUGAUGAAAGGGAAAAUAGGGACUUUCAAUCUAUGUCAAUUCACUGAACAACUAACUGAAGAAUUACAUGAACAACUCAGGAACUUAGGCACUUGUGGUUCAAGGGACCUGAACAUCUUAGUAAGGUAUCUCCUUUAUCCAGUCAGUGUGAAUAUCCUCUUUAAAAAAGGUUUGUUUCCCACAAACAAGAGGAAAAUCAUGGAGUUCCAUCAGCAUUUUCAAGUUUAUGAUGAAGGUUUUGAGCAUGGGUCCCAGAUGCCAGAAUGUCUUCUAAGAAACUGGUCAAAAUCCAAAAGGUGGCUUCUAGCAUUUUUUGAGAAAAACAUUCCAGAUAUAAAAACAUACAAAUCUGAAAAAGAUAAUUCCAUGACACUAAUGCGGGCUUUGCUGGAUGUGAUAGAGACAGAAACAAAUGAACAAAGUCCAAAUUAUGGGCUUCUACUACUUUGGGCUUCUUUGUCCAAUGCUGUCCCUAUUGUGUUUUGGACACUUGGAUUUGUCCUCUCUCAACCCAAUAUCCACAAGACCAUUAUGGAAGGCAUAUCAUCUGUGUUUGGCAUACCAGGUAAAGAUAAGAUUAAAGUGUCUGAGGAUGACUUGAAGAAACUCCCUCUAAUUAAAUGGUGUAUUUUGGAAACCAUUCGUUUAAGAGCCCCGGGUGCCAUUACUAGAAAAGUGAUGAAACCAGUUAAAAUUCUGAAUUACACUGUUCCUUCUGGCGACUUGUUGAUGUUGUCUCCAUUUUGGCUACAUAGAAAUCCAAAGUAUUUUCCUGAACCUGAAUUGUUCAAACCUGAACGUUGGAAAGAAGCAAAUUUAGAGAAGCAUGCUUUCUUGGACUACUUCAUGGCAUUUGGAAGCGGGAAGUACCAAUGUCCUGGAAGGUGGUUUGCUCUGUUAGAGAUUGAAAUAUGUAUUAUUUUAUUAUUUUAUUAUUAUGACUGUAGUCUUCUAGAUCCACUGCCAAAACAGCGUUCUCUCCAUUUGCUGGGUGUCCAGCAGCCAGAAGGACAAUGCCGAAUUGAAUAUAAACGGAGAAAAUGACCCCUGGGCUAAGGAGGGCCAGGCCUUCCGGAGGAGUGACUGCCCCUCAUCCACUAGCCUGGCAGCACCUAGGGCUGAGCGUGACCAAAAGAAGCUGCUGAACUUUGCUUUAGUAUUUAGUUCCAGAAGAGGGCCACAUGGUGCCUGUGUUUGUAAUCUCAAGGGUAGACCAAGAAUCUGACAUCACUCUCACCUGAUACAAAGACCUGAAUAUGUGGUUUACAGAAAAUAUUAUCUGGUCCAGGGGAAGAGGCAUUUCUUAAGAAGCUGGAAUUUGCUUCAUUCAAAACCAUAUUUUAACUUUACACAGAAAUAAUACCAUUUGAAUGAAAACCUUAAUACAUUAAUUCUGUGAAGACACUGCACUUAGAUUUCUGUUUUUGGAAAAGCUAGCAUCAAAAAAUAUUCAGUAGUGAUUUCUGGAAACUAUUUUUCUUAAUAUAAUUCUUAAUUAGCCAUUGGAAUUAUUAAGCUCUAUUAAUAUAAUUCUUUAUUGUAAACAGGUCUAAUGUUCAAAGUAUAGCUUUCUAAGACCUGUGAAGACAAGAAGCAUGUCUUCCAGUCAUUUCUACACCCAGCCACAUGGAGGACAGCACCUUGUCUAUAAGGCAUGUUUAAUAAAUGUAUGUAGAUUGAUAUAUUGAUUUGUAUUUUAAUUAAGGUGAAAGCACUCUUUUAACACAAGGUGUUUGUAAUGACAGUUUAAGAGGACAUCUUUGCUAAUCUGUGGGAAUACAAUGAUGUGUCAAGGCCAAUAGCAACAUUUGACUGUUACUUGCCUUAUGCUUGAAAUAUUUACUGCGAAACCCAGAAAAGAAAUUCUCUCGUGUUCAGGGGAAGUAUAUCACAGUAAUAACAGGGUGAUCAGUGAUGUCAUGAUUUGUCCUCUAAUAUGCAAUAAAACACUGCUUGCCUCCUUUAUUUCACAA